CUCCUGCCACCCACAACUCUCCGGCCACCAGCUCUCCGCCACCCACAACUCUCUUGCCACCCACAACUCUCCUGCCACCCCAGCUCUCCGGCCACCCCACAACUCUCCUGCACCCCACACAACUCUCCGGCCACCUGCAACUCUCGGCCACCCACAACUCUCCUGCCACCCACAACUCUCCUGCCCCAACUCUCCGGCCACCCAGCUCUCAGCCACCCAGCUCUCCUGCUCCCCUGCUCCGCCACCCACAACUCUCCGGCCACCACACUCUCCAGCCACCCACAACUCUCCGGCCACCCACAGCUCUCCGGCCACCCCUGGCUCCUGCCACCCACAACUCUCCUGCCACCCCAGUCUCAACUCUCCUGCCACCCACAACUCUCCGGCCACCCACAACUCUCCUGCCACCCACAACUCUCCCGGCCACCCACAACUCUCGGCACCCUCUCUGCCCCCCACUCUCGCCCCCGCCACCACAACUCUCCAGCCACCCACAACUCUCCGACCACGCUCUCCAGCCACCGCUCUCCUGCCACAUGGCACACUCUCCCCUGCCACAACUUCCACAACUCUCCUGCCACCCACAACUCUCCAGCCACCCACAACUCUCCGGCCACCACAACUCUCCGGCCACCCACAACUCUCCGCCCCACAACUCUCCGGCCACCCACAACUCUCCGGCCACCCCACAACUCUCUGCCACCCACAACUCUCCAGCCACCCACAACUCUCCGGCCACCCACAGCUCUCCUGCCACCCACAACUCUCCGUACCCCUCCUGCCACCCACACCUCUCCGGCCACCCCACAACUCUCCUGCCCACCCACAACUCCUGCCCCACCAGCUCUCCGGCCACCCACAACUCCGGCCACCCACAACUCUCCUGCACCCACAACUUUCGCCACCCACAACUCUCAGCCCCACAACUCUCCGGCCACCCCACAGCUCUCCUGCCCCACCAACUCUCCUGCCACCCACAACUCUCCUGCACCCCCCAACUCCUCCUGCCACCCACAGCUCUCCCUGCCACCCACAACUCUCCUGCCACCCACAACUCUCCGGCCACCCACAACUCUCCGUGCCCACACAACUCUCCAUCCACGCUUCCCACAACUCUCCUGCCACCGCCCCCACAACUUUCCUGCCCACAGCUCUCCGCCACCCACAACUCCUCCGGCCACCCACAACUCUCCUGCCACCCACAACUCUCCGGCCACCCCCAACUCUCCACCCACAACUCUCCUGCCACCCCUAACUUUCCCACCACCCUCUCUCACGCCACCCACAACUUUCCUGCCACCACAACUCUCGGCCAUCCACAACUCUCGGCCACCCACAACUCUCCUGCCCACAACUCCUCGCCACCCACAACUCUCCUGCCACCCACAGCUCUCCCGCCCCACUCCCCUUUCUCACACACCUCGGCCACCCACAACAUCGGGGCCAAACAUAUAAAAAAAUGGUUGUCUUUUUAG